AUGGCCAGAGCGCGUGGGUUACUGUGUCUGUGGCUGGGUUGCUUCUGCCUGAACCUGGCGCAGGGACAGAGACCGAGCCUGCACCUCUCUGAGCCCCGCCGCACUGGGACAGACGACCGCACGACAGGUGGUGACCCGAGUCCGGACCUGCCGCCGCACGACAAGGUGUCGGAGCACAUGCUGUGGCUCUAUGACAGAUACAGCGGCGGUAGUAGAGUUCAGGACACCCGGACGCCCGGCUUGCAGCCCCUGGGUCCCCAGCCCCUGCGCGGUGGCAACACCGUCCGCAGUUUCCGAGCCGCAGCUGCAGGAACUCUUGAAAGAAAGGGGCUGCACACCUUUAAUCUGACUUCUCUGACCAAGUCUGAAAAUGUUUUGUCAGCCACACUGUAUUUCUGUAUUGGAGAAUUAGUGAACAUCAGCUCGAGCUGUCCGGUAUCCCAAGGAUGUUCCCAUCAUGCACAGAGACAACACGUGCAGAUAGAUCUCUCUGUGUGGAUCCUCAAACCCAACCAAAGCCAGCUCCUUGGUCACCUGUCAGUAGAUGUGCCCAAGCCUUAUCGAGACAGCAUGACUUGGCUGUCGAAAGACAUCACUCACCUCCUAAGAAAGGCCAAGCAGAACGAGAAGUUCCUCAUAGGGUUUAACAUUACUUCCAGAGCGCAUGAGCAGCCCAAGCGCAUGCUACUUUCCCCGGAGCCUUACAUCUUGGUGUAUGCCAACGAUGCCGCCAUUUCUGAGCCAGAAAAUGUGGUGUCUAGCUUACAGAGACACAGAGACUUCCCCGAAGGAACUGUGCCCAAACUGGAUAGCCACAUCAGAGCUGCCCUCUCUGUUGAAAGGAGGAAGAAGCGUUCUACUGGAAUCCUGUUGCCUCUCCAGAACAAUGAGCUACCUGGGGCAGAGUAUCAAUACAAGGAGGAUGGCGUGUGGGAGCAGAGAAAGCCUUACAAGACCCUUCAGACUCAGCCCCCUGAAAAGAGUAAGAACAAAAAGAAACAGAGGAAAGGACCUCAUCAGAAAGGCCAGACACUGCAGUUUGAUGAACAGACCCUGAAGAAGGCAAGACGAAAGCAAUGGAUCGAACCUCGAAAUUGUGCCAGGAGGUACCUCAAAGUGGACUUUGCUGAUAUUGGCUGGAGUGAAUGGAUUAUCUCCCCCAAGUCAUUUGAUGCUUAUUAUUGCUCUGGAGCCUGCCAGUUCCCCAUGCCAAAGUCUUUGAAGCCUUCAAAUCAUGCGACCAUUCAGAGUAUAGUGAGAGCAGUGGGGGUCGUCUCUGGAAUUCCUGAGCCUUGCUGUGUGCCCGAAAAGAUGUCCUCGCUCAGCAUCUUGUUCUUUGAUGAGAACAAGAAUGUGGUGCUGAAGGUCUACCCUAACAUGACAGUGGACUCCUGUGCCUGCAGAUAACCCGGCAGAGAAGGAAGUCAGAGGCUCCAUUCAGUCCCUGGUUGCGUUUUAUGGACCAUUUCUUUCUUCUUUCCUUUCUUUUUCUCUCUUUGUGUUUGCACUGCCAAUGCAUUUUGUCCCAAAAGAUGUUUUAUUGCAGAAAGAGAAUGAUCAAAUAGAUCGAAGAUUUCCACCAAGCAAAACUGAAUUUUCUUCUGAACGUAACGAAAAGUAAGAUUUUGGUAAAUACGGACAUCUAUUUCAUUUUUUAAUCACGUAAGAAAAGCUAUUACUCAAACUGACUUUAGGAGUGUUACAGACCCUGUUGACUUAUUUUUGUAUUGGGAUUUAAAACUAGGUGGGAAAUAACAGCAAUAACUUACCGUUUGUCUCUACUCACCUAACGAUUAAAGAGACGUAGAUAGGAAUCUUGAGGUUUGUAUUAGUUUUCUUGCCUUAGAUUCAUGAGCAACCCAGUCUGCUAUACCCCCAGCUGGCUUUGAUGUUCAUGUAAAGAAUUUCUGAGAUUUGUUUACCCUUGAUUUUUCUUCACAAUCAUGGUGUGUGUUGAGUUAGCAUUUGCUGAGGGCUAGUGUGUGUGUACAUGUGCCAGGUGC